AUGGUGGUGCAGGUGGAGCAACAAACCAUACCUGCAGCCAUCAGGCUCUAUGUGAAGACAUGCAGGGCUGAACUGGAACCAUCAAAUGCCAGUGGCUCUCCAGUGUGUGACCAGUGCCUUCCCCACUACAGCGGCCCACACUGUGACCAGUGCAGCCCUGGUUUCUACAACGCCUCAGGGACCUGUGUGCCAUGCGACUGCAGCGGCAACGCAGACCCUCAGGGGCCCCCCCAGCUCUGUGACCCUAAAAGUGGCACCUGCCUCAGCUGCAUAAACAACACCUCUGGGUCGCGGUGCCAGGAGUGCGCCCCCGGGUUCGUGGGGGACGCCAGAGCACACAACUGCACCCGUCUAAACCCUCGACUGAUUCCAGCACCAGCAGAGGUCACAACCAAACCCCCCCCGCCCAGUGGCGCUUCCCCAACGUCAUCUCUCACCAGCACCACUUCCACCUCCACAGCAACCAAAGGCAGGCCGGCUCUCAGAUUCAACGAGGUUGACGACAACGCCUCGAGCAGCAGCACCACCCAGGCCCUGCUGACCAGCUUGAGCAGCCCCACAGAUAACACCACAGCAGCCCUAACCGAGGUCUCAUGGACGCAGUUUAACAUCAUCAUCCUGGCCGUCAUCAUUCUGGUGGUGCUGCUGCUGCUGGGCUUCGUGGGAGGCGUGUACACCUACCGGGAGUAUCAGAACCGCAAGCUCAACGCCCCCUUCUGGACCAUUGAGCUGAAGGAGGACAACAUCAGCUUUAGCAGCUACCAUGACAGCAUCCCCAACGCAGACGUGUCCGGCUUGCUGGAGGACGAGGCCACCGAGGUGGCCCCCAACGGUCAGCUGGCCCUCACCACGCAGGCGAACAACUACAAGGCUUAACGCCCCAUUCAGCCUCCACUCAGACUCCUAGAUUUACAGACGACGUAAAGCUGCUGGAUCAUACCAAAUCUACCGCUCCUCAAUGUGUGACUGCUUCUGUUACCCUGCUCCUCUGCAGAAAUCACUACUCCUGGCAAACUGACAGAAAACAGACGUUUUGACCUGAAUCAUCGCCCUCUUUAGAUAUAUUUGAUUGUGAAGUGGGUAAUUGGUAAAAAUGGUUCCAAUAUAAUGAGGUUGAAUGAGAUUCAGGCCUGCAGAGGUCGCUGUUGUACUGUAAAUGUAAAAAGGCGGAGGACUUGGAGCAUUUCAUAGAUUUUUUUUUUCUUUCCUUUUUUAAAUGGACUCCGGACAGUUUAAGUUGACGCUGAUCCCUUUUCAGGUGAUCCUAAACUGAGACAAUGAUUGUUAUUUAAUGAAUUAUUUUUAUUCUCUUUUUUUAUUUAUUGGUUCGUUUUUAUUUUUGGGAGAAAAUGCUGCACAUUUCCAAGGCGUUUCUUUGUGGUGUUUUUAAAUCUGAUGUGCUGUUGAACGGUAUUAAUCACUCGGCCGUUAUGUUUCCAUGUACAGGUGUGCUUUUGGAGAGAGCCUGAGUAAAUUGACCUCACCUUUUUGUUUAUAGCUUCCUGUCUUUUUUUUUUUUUUUCUUGAAGUGUGCCAGCUAACUUGAAGUAUCUGAGAGGAGUGUUUCUCUUAAAGAAACAAUAGUCAACUUUUACAAACACCCAAUGUUGGGUGCUGCAAGGGGAAAUGACACAUCUUGGGCUUGCGUAAAAACACCAAUAACACUCUAAUCUAAUCUGCUCUUCGCUGCCUACCUCAGCAAAGACAAACCUUUCAAAAAUUGAUUCACAUUAAUGUGGAGGGUGGGUGCGUGACGCAAAUGAUAAGGCCAUUUAAUGUCUAGAACAAACAGAACUCCAUUGUUGAUCCUGUUGUCAUGGAGCCCACUACUUCCUUCAACCACUUCCAGGGUUGUUGCAUCAUUAGGAGCAGAGAGCUGUAAAAAUCCUGGAUAUAGAUCUUGUGGAUAUGGUGUUUCUGAGACGGAUGUGCAUCUUUUUAUUCUGGUGAAUGAGUAAACCCAAUGGUGGAAGUAACUCCUCAGGUACUGGCUCUCUCCCUAAUGUGAUCACUGUAAAUAGGAUUCUUAAUGUACAGCUGAAUGUGAAUAGUAGCACGAUUAUUGUACAGCUAGGAUAUUGUGUGUGCACUGUCACUCAACAAGCUCUGACCCUCUCUCUGGGUGUGAUGUUGCCGUCAGCUUUUUUAAAAUUGUUUUUAUUUCCUACUUUACCACAUCGGCGGUUGGAGCUCCCAGAAAUCAGAACCGCAACAAUGCAACUGUAAAUAAGACCUGAAACUCAGAGCUCAACUCUCAAAUAAAAAAAUGGG